AUGAAUAUCCCAAAUGGAACUUUCUCAAGAUGUGGAAAUUUCAAUGCUUCAAGUGACGUUUCACUCUUUUCCAGCUCUCUGCCUCUUCUUCAACACCAAAUCUUCAAUCCUAACGAGAACUACCAUCAGUCUGUUAAUGAAGAUGCUUCCGGGUUAAACCAUUUCAACGGAGGCACUGACAAUAUGCUCAAUGUUCGUGACUCACAUCCAAUCGGAAGCAUGCUUCCUGAUGAUGAGGAAGAGCUUUUGGCUGGUCUAAUGGAUGAUUUAAACUUGACUGCAUUACCAGCUACGUUGGAUGACUUUGAAGGUUAUGAUGAUCUGUUUGGUAGCGGAGGAGGUCUUGAAUUAGAGACUGACCCACAUGACAGCUUAAACAAGGGCUUCUCAAGGAUUGGUUUUGCUGAUUCGAACUUUGACAAUGGCAACAUUUUCCAAAAUGGAGUGGGGUCGAUUGCUGGCGAACAUCCUUAUGGUGAACAUCCUUCAAGGACUCUGUUUGUUAGGAAUAUUAACAGUAACGUUGACGAUUCAGAGUUGAUAUCUCUUUUUGAGCAAUAUGGAGAUAUCCGAACGCUGUAUACAGCCUGCAAGCAUCGAGGUUUUGUAAUGAUCUCUUAUUACGAUAUUCGAGCUUCUAGAGCAGCUAUGCGAGCAUUACAAGGCAAGCUGCUUAAACGGAGGAAACUUGACAUACAUUUCUCAAUCCCCAAGGAUAAUCCAUCUGAGAAAGAUGUUAAUCAAGGAACUCUUGUGGUUUUCAACUUGGCCCCAUCAGUUUCCAACAGAGACCUUGAGAAUAUAUUCGGAGCUUAUGGCGAGAUCAAGGAGAUACGGGAAACACCAAAUAAGAGGCAUCACAAAUUUGUUGAAUUUUUUGACGUUAGAUCAGCUGAUGCGGCUCUCAAAGCUUUGAACAAGACUGACAUUGCUGGCAAGCGUAUAAAGCUUGAACAUAGCCGUCCUGGUGGUGCUCGUCGAAACAUGAUGAUGCAGUUGAAUCCGGAAUUUGAGCAAGAUGAUUCACCUUUAGCCAGCUCUCCUGUUGGGAAUUAUUGGUGUAACAGCCCUAUCGAUCAUAACCCUCUACAGAGUCUCAGCAAGUCUCCAAUAUUUGGAAACUUGAGCCCAACAACAAACUUGCAUUUUCCAGAACAUUCUUCUGUUCUGCAUUCUCAAGGAGCAAACCUGACAAAAGCUGACCAAGCAAGAAGAGUCAGCCACUUGGAUCAUCUGUUUUCAAACAGCAGCUAUACUAAUGCAAGCCACAAAGCUUCUUCCUUUCAGCCAACGCAGUCUUUUGGAUCUGCCUCCUCGUUUGGUUCUAACCAGGGUCAUGUGGAAACGUUGUCUGGAUCAGAGUUUCUGUGGGGAAGCCCUGGUUCUUCAGCCUGGCCUGUGAAUCCAUUCUUUUCGAAAGGACAAUCUCACAGGCUUCCUUACUCGGCUCAAAACGGGUCUCUCCACCAGCACCACCAUGUAGGAUCUGCACCGUCUGGAUUCUUCCCGAGAUCCCCUGAAACUUCAUCAAUGGCUUUCAGAGGAGCAAGCAGUAAUGUGAAUGGUCCAAGAAACAUGCGUGAAACUGGAUCCCCAAGUUUCAAAAUGUUAUCUACUCCAAGACAUAGUCAGUUGUGUAUGGGCACUGGCUCUUACCAAUGGCCUGUUGCAAAAAUGGCUUCCAAUGAUGGCCCAUUGGAGGAUGGAAGGAGCCAACAGUUUGAUAAUAACGUUAACCAAGUAGACAGCAAGAAACAGUUUCAUCUUGACUUGAGUAAGAUUAUGAGCGGUGAAGAUUUACGGACAACCUUGAUGAUCAAAAACAUCCCUAACAAGUAUACUCGGAAGAUGCUGUUAGCUGCCAUUGACGAGACAAGCAGAGGAACUUAUGAUUUUCUAUAUUUGCCUAUUGAUUUCAAGAAUAAAUGCAAUGUGGGUUAUGCAUUUAUCAAUAUGCUCUCUCCUACUUUCAUCAUUGCAUUGUACGAGGCCUUUGAUGGGAAAAAAUGGGAGAAGUUCAACAGUGAGAAAGUUGCUUCAUUGGCUUAUGCACGGAUCCAAGGCAAAACCGCACUCAUUGCUCACUUCCAGAACUCGAGCUUGAUGAACGAAGACAGGCAGUGCCACCCUAUUGUCUUUGAUGGACUAGAAUCUAGUUAUCCGAUCAUCAUGGACCAAGAGCAUUCAAAUCCGAAAGUUGCUCAUCCUCUUCCCAGUGAGAGCACGCAUUAA